CACUUGUCAAAAUAAUGGCUGUUCACGAAAGUUUGCGGCUUCACAUAACCACUGAUGAGUUUCUGUUUGAACCCAUUGAUACUGGUGAGAAUGAACUUCUGGUGAUUGACAGGGUGACCCAAGAAAUAUCCUUACGGAGCAAUGCAGGUCCGAUCCCUUCCAACGCUGAGACGUUCACUGUCUGUGGAAUCAUGGGGGUCAUAAGACUUACAGCUGGCCCGUACCUGAUCGUAAUCACUCAGAAGGAGAAGGUUGGAGAAAUCAGAGGUCACAUGAUCUGGAAGGUCAAGGCCACACAACUGCAUUCCUAUAAACGCACCAUGUUCCAUCUUACUGAAAAACAGAAUCGGGAUAACAGUGUGUACCUCUCCAUGGUAGAAAAUGUUCUAAGGACUGAAAACUACUACUUCAGUUCAACAUAUGACAUUACACAUUCCCUGCAGCGGUUACACAACACUAGUCCAGAGUUUAUCUCAAUGCCCCUCCACGAGCGGGCUGAUGCCAGGUUUAUGUGGAAUGGUCAUGUAUUACGAGAGCUCACGCAGCAGGCUGAGUUGGCACGCUACUGCCUGCCUGUCCUACAUGGAUUUGUAAGUAUCAACUCUCCAGUCGUCAACAACAAGAGUGUAGACUACAUCCUGAUAUCCCGACGCAGUGUGUACCGUGCAGGGACAAGGUUCAACGUGCGCGGGCUAGAUAACGAGGGCCAGGUAGCAAACUUCGUGGAGACAGAACAGAUUGUUAUACACAACGAUACAUCUUGUUCAUUUGUUCAGACUAGAGGCUCUAUUCCACUGUACUGGUCACAACGUCCCAACCUCAAAUACAUGCCCCAGGCACAACUCAGGUCACAGAAUCAUAUCGAGGGCCUCCAGAGACAUUUUGACGACCAGGUGUUCAGAUAUGGAGACCAGGUUAUCGUAAACUUGGUGAACUCUAAAGGUCACGAGGGUCGACUGGAGAAGGCACUCGCAAACACUCUCGAGGGUUUCAAGAAGCCCAGAGUCAGAUAUGAAUAUUUUGAUUUUCACCAUGAGUGCCGUAAAAUGAGAUGGGACCGCUUAUCAGUGUUAUUGAGUCGUUUGGAGGAAACCAGGAAACAGUUUGGGUAUUUUGUGGUGUCGUCUGAUGGUAUUCCCUCCAGUCUCCAGGAGGGAGUGUUCCGUACCAACUGCAUGGACUGUCUGGAUCGCACCAAUGUGGUACAGGGCAUGCUGGGACAGGUCUCCUUGGAGGAACAGCUCCAGGUUCUAGGAGUGACUGAUAAGCAUAGAAAAUUGGAAGACUUAAGUCAAUUCAAAUCCUUGUUUAAUAAUGUAUGGGCAGAUAAUGCGGACGCUAUUUCCAAGCAGUAUGCUGGGACGGGUGCUUUGAAAACAGACUUCACACGGAAAGGCAAGCGUACCCAGGUAGGUAUGAUGAUGGAUGGUUGGAACUCUAUGAUCCGCUACUUCAAGAACAACUUUGGAGAUGGUUUCCGGCAGGAUUCCAUCGACCUGUUUCUGGGCAACUAUGAGGUGGAGGAGAACGAAGGUGUGGCUCGACCCUCACCCCUGCAGACUGACAGAGACUGGAAGUUCUACGCGAUUCCUGUGAUAUUUCUAAUUGCAAUGGCCAUGUGCAUGAUCAGCAUUCUUCUACCAGAUGAGCACGUCAGUGAGCAGCUUAUGUAUGUCUUGUUCUGGGGUGUGGCCAGUGCAGUCUCAGUUGCCGUCAUGUACAGAUAUGGCUCAGAGUUCGUGGAUCAGCCGAAACUGGUCCAUACCAAGGUCAAGACGGACUAGCUAUAUGAACGGGACAAAGUACACAUAGUCUGAACUGUGGAUAACGGAAUGUUCGAACAGGAACUCAAGAAUUUUGGGUGCAAUUAAUAAUGGGAAUAUGUGGAAGGACUUUUUUGUGCGAAAAUCUUUAAAAGGGUUAGCAAUAUAUUUAGAAAUGUAAUAAAUUGAAUUGUCAUA